GUGUCAAAAAUCAAAAACAAACAAAUUUGAAAUGUAGUCAAAAUAAACUUUAUAAAUAAUGAAUAGUAAAAUGCGCUUGUAUCUGUAUUUAAAUAUUGCCGUCGUUGUAUCCAUACUACUAAUAAUAUUCUAUCUAUACAGUAUUAGACAAAUUAGUCAUAGGGAGUCGGUUUAUUCAGAAUUAUCCAUUAGUGUUCAAGAAUCGACUACAGAAACUGUAUCUUUUAAGAAGAAUGAUAUUAUUAUAGCUGUCGUAGCAUGUGGUGAUAGACUUAGAGAAUCUCUGACAUUAAUAAAGUCUGCGUUAAUGUUAACAAAAGAAAAGCUUAAUUUCAUUGUUAUUGCUGAGGAUGAACUUAGAGAAAGCUUUAAAGAAAAGCUAAAUGAAUGGAAAGCAUUUACAAACAACGCAUUUUCAUUUAGAGUACUUCCGUUAAAUUUUCCGACCAAAGAUGGCGACGAAUGGAGAGUUCUUUUUAAACCUUGUGCAGCCCAAAGGUUGUUUUUACCGGAUAUUUUGCCUGACGUUGAUUCAUUAUUAUAUAUGGAUACAGACACAUUGUUUCUGACCCCAGUUGAGAGCAUUUGGGCGUAUUUUCGAAAGUUUAACAAAAGCCAAAUGGCUGCUUUGGCUCCAGAACAUGAAGAUCCAAAUGUCGGAUGGUAUAAUAGGUUUGCCAAACAUCCAUACUAUGGAAAAUUAGGAGUUAAUUCAGGAGUUAUGCUUAUGAAUCUCACAAGAAUGCGACAGUUUCAAUGGACUGAAUAUGUUGUGCCAAUUUAUAAGAAAUUUAAGCUCCAUAUAACAUGGGGGGAUCAGGACAUUAUAAAUAUUAUUUUCCAUUAUCACCCAGGAAAACUCUACAUUUACUCAUGUAGAUAUAACUAUAGACCGGAUCAUUGUAUGUACUCCAGUAUUUGUAGGCCUGCUGAAAAAGACGGUGUAGCUGUAAUACACGGGUCCAGAGGAUUCUUUCAUUCUGAAAAAGAGGCAGUUUUCAAAGCUAUCUAUAACGUUUUUGAAUCAUUUAGUGUGGGCGGAGAUAUUUAUAAAGACUUUUACCAGCCUCUUGAAGCAUAUUUAGAUGCACUAGAGACGACGAAUUGCGGUAAAAUUAAAGACGUGUUUCUUAAAAAUGUGCGACGGUUUUUGGAUUUAGAUUUCGACAAUACGUAGAUUUUUUUAUUAUUAAAAAUAUUCCUCGGUAAUAUAGGAUUUUUUUUUAUUAAAACGAUAGUAAAUGUGCAUUUGAUAAUAAUUUAAUCUAUUCUAUUGUGAUCGGAACUGAUUAUUUAAUCCAUGUAUAGUGUAGUAAAAUUAGGAAUUUCAGGAUUAUGUUUAAAGGUAAUUUAUUAUUACAGACUUCAAUGAUUGAAUGACUUUUUUAAAAUAAAAACUUUAUUUUAUGUUA